AUGCAGCAAAUAAGAAUCGAUAACCGUCUACCGACAAAGUUGGACAUGUGUCCGACUAUAAUACCUCCGACAAAAGCUCCAAUGUUGGCAACACAGUUGGUCACAGUGGAUCUAUUAGAAGAGAAAACGUAUUCUUCUGAAAGCUUGUGUAUCAGGCAAGCAAAGUCUAAAGAUGAGAAUCACGAUAGAAACGCUACCACCCAACAAGUACAAACUCUUCCAUCCCAUCUCGACGUUGUCGGCAAUGGCUCUGGUGAAGACAACAGCCAAAAGGUAUCCGAAAGUGUAACCUUGCUGCAAAAGACCAGAAAUGAAUCCUCUGGCCUCGAUAGGACAGUCGUCCAAAGCGGUAGCGGCAGCAUUUCCGUAAAUACCACCCAACAUGAUACCGAAAAUGGCACGAACACCCAGGAACUGUUCGUAAGUGGACACACCGUAGGUACCAAACUGAAUGCAAGCCAUCAACAGGAUGUUGAGACACAAAGGCCAUUUUCUUCCGUAUCUGUCACCGAGGUAACCAAACACGACACCACCAACCGAUCUCAACAUGAGCACCAAGGUGAUACCCCAGGUGACCUGCUUGACGUUCUUACCGAAGUAAUGGGCAAGUGCAGUAGCAUUGAGCGACACCGAGAAGAAAUCGUACGCGUCCCAAGUCCAUGCCAUGAAGGCCGAGGCGAACAUAAUCCACUGACGAGCAGGGAUCAAUCUAAGACCUGGCAAUGGGUUCAGCAGGUGUCUGUUGGCCCUCAUCAUGGCCUUGGAAGGAACAAGGUCUGUGACUCUUGUUUUAGCAUAGUGAGAGAUAGAAGCGAGAGAAAGGCUCACAGGACUGACGACUUCAGCGUCCAAGUCGAUGCCUUUGUGGUUUUCCUCUUUGAUCGACACGGAUUCUUGGUCGCUCAUCUGUGA